AACGGGAAGCUGUCAACCGUUGAAGAAUACAACAUGAUAAGAGGAUGGUCAUUACUCAAAUAAAUCCAUUUAUUGUCAACUAAUUCAAGGUACAAAACUAUGUAUCUAUUUUGGGUACUUAUAUAUUGAAUCUAGUAACUUUAACAUUUAAUAUUUGGUAUGUGAAACCGUUUUGUUUUGCUUUAAAUAAUCUGCAUAUAAGCUUUACAAUGUCGAAAAGCAGCUGUACAAACUCGAGAGAAUAAUGCGUAAAAGGUAGUCUUAAUGUGUCUUUUUGUCGACAGGAAGUGCACGUUAUUCUCAUCUUUUAAAACUAGCCAUAAACGUAUCAUUAUUCUUGUUGUAAAUAGAAAUAAGGCAAUUAUUUGAUCGAUAUAUGGAUAUAACUUGAAGACUAUAGAAACGAGUUUGUGAUAUUUCGAUCUGUUUUAUUACAAAACUAUAUCAGACCAUAACCAGCCCAGCAAAUAUGUGUAUUCACUUAAUAUACUAAACGCUUUAAAAUGCGUAUAAAUUAGUAAUUCGUCUGACUUUGUCAUGAAGCGAUUCAUUGAGUAGGCAUAAUAUAUGCAGAUAUAGUGAGCUACACAAUAAAUCGCUUGAUGGCAAAGUCAGACGAACUUUAUAUUCGCAUUUUUAAGCGUUUACUGAUGUAUUUUUAAGUGAACACACAUACUUUACUGGGCUGCCUAUGACCAUGCAGACUUUUAACUUGAUGAGUGAUGUUGACUUUUUUAAUAAAAUCGAAAGUGUUCGAUUCGACAUGCAUGAUCACUAUUAGCCUUUUCCCAAAAUAGAUCACAGUGCAUUCUGGGAUCGUUUGGAGGGACAAAAUAUAUGGUGACAGGCGACAAAUAUGUGAAAGAGUAGAAGUAUCUACUAUCAAAUAUCAACUUUCUAGACGAGCAAAAAUGAAAUAUCUCCUUUUUACAUUAAUUAAACAUUUAAUUUAAAUGUGUGCAGCCAUUUUUGUUGUCCCUCCAUUAUGGGAUUUGCGCGACUAGACCCUGCAAGACUUUGAGAAAUGGCUAAUCAGUUGCGCACGCGUGUAAAUUAGUCUAAAUUAUAAUGUGUGGUUUAUAUUUUAUAUGGGUGUUUAUGGUAGUGCUUUUCACUUUGAGAGUUUGAGUUUUGGCUCACAUAUAUCACACAGAUAUGUUUUUGCAUAUUUGAAAUGAAAAUAAAAGAUAUAUAUUUAAAAUACGAAAAAUUGAAAAGACAAUAAGUCAAUAACGCACUGAAUUAAUCCAAGUAUCCAACGUUUCUUAAAUUUUGUUUCAAAACAUUCAACUAGAGUUUGACUUUUCGUAUAAAACCGAACUUGUAACUGUCUGAACUAUAGUUUUAUUAGAUUCAACACAUAAAACACUACAUGUGAAAUGAGUUGAAUGACAGGACUUACGUAAGUUUCGGUGGCAGUUCAUGCAGGUGUGCAUUGAAGACGCAUAGUAUAAAUUAUAAUUUAAUCCAGUCCGCAACACUGUUGUUAUAAAAUACACUACUCUGAUAAAAUACACUACUCUGAUAAAAUACACUACUCUGAUAAAAUACACUACUCGAUUGUCCGUGAAUAUGUUUGACACCAAGUUAAAUGACACUAAAAUCUUGUGCUUAUUUCGUUUUCCGGGGACGAUGUUUCAAUAUUUCGUCGAUUUUGAAACCAAAUUUGCCGAGUCAUUCUUUUUGGUAAGCAUUAUUUAUACUGGUCUGCCACUUGUCAUUUACAAAAAAAAAUGGUAUAGCAAGUUAGUCAAAUCUGUACUUGUUGAUUGUUGAAAAAGAUAAAGAUAACAAAAUGUCACGAAACAUUGGAAUCCUCAUAAGUUAUAUUGGACAACCAAUACGUUGUAGGCAACCGUUGAAAUGACUUGCGAACAUGUUCAGUGAUGCUUUUAACAUAUUUUUAAUUUUAGUCGGAAUAAUGGUUUUGCGUUUAAAUACGACGUCAAACGUCAUCAGAUUAUCAAUCUGAGAUUAUCAGAUUGGAUCUUUUGAAGAUUAAACACAACAAAGGCAGAUAUCAAACAUGUGGCAUCGUAUUCACAUGUAGGUCCUUGUUAAAGCGGAAAUGAUGAAUCAAGAAUGGGAACUCGGCAUUGGUAAUUGAACGCCGUUCAUUUGUUGCACGUAGAAUGUGAUUGGUCGAUGCUAUGAGUUAAUUGACAUGUUUAGACAACAUCGAAUACAGUCUUCUUGUGGAUAGAAAUUUCGAGUCUAGCCUAUAUCCUGUACAAUUUUAUAUAACAUAACAUACUAGAAAUGCAUGCAUGCAUGCAGAAUCCCCUCGCCUUUAUUUUCCUAAACAUUUUUUAACAUGAAGUAUUCUAAAUUACGCCACAACUGAACGCAGGCUCGCGUUGCUUGCAUUUUUAAAUUUUAAUUUUUUGAAUUAUUGUGCAAAACGGUAAUAGAUAUUAAUAAAGUUUAACAUUUUAACUUUCGAACUAUUAAUUUCUAAAAUAUAUAAAGUAGGCAUGUUAUUUUUCACUCUAUAAGCUUGAAUUCAAGAUAAUAUUCAACCUUUAACACUUCACGAAACGUUCAUUUCGUAACUUUAUAUUAUAUAUGCUGAUAUGCUGCCGGUUUCAAUUGUUUGGUAACAAUUGUUUAUUUUUUGCAACGAAAUCAAUUCAAUCCUAUAGUCCGCUUCUGGAAAUAAUUUUUUUUUUUAUUAAUUCUAUAUAAGCUCUUUUUAAUAUAACAUUGGGCAAUUUAGGAGGCAAGUGGAAAACCCGAAAACAACGUACAUGUUUACGAAUAAAAAACAAAACAAACUUGCUUUAUAUUUCAUCAGUUCUCAUCUUAUAUCUCUUCUCGUCAUUUCUUUACAGUAAAAUUUAAAAAAUCGCUUUACAGCUCAUUUUCAUUCUUUAAACUGAAAUUUUUAUGGCAGUUGGCUUAUUGCACUCCUGGCAAUCUGCCAUAUUUUGAAAUCAAUAAGAUGACCAUCCACUACCCCCCUUUUGAAACCGUUAGUAGCCUUCCUUUUCCCGGGUGUAAAUAGCCGUGCGGAAUUAGUACCCUCGCCCUGGGCUUAUGCCUGAACGGCGCUCCGCGCCGUUGGCUCGGAGAUAAUUUAUUAGCGUCAUUAAAAUAAAAGUUACAAAAAUGAAAUGUUAAUAAUUGAAUUUAAACUUAGAUGACACAGGUUAUCUGAAUUGUAACUAAAUGUUACAGGUGAACUGCGUCAAGCGUUCAUCUUUUGAGUUCCCGGCUAACUCGAUUCAGUGGCGUAACUACUAUGGGCUCAGACCGGGUGAACCCGGGGGCCCCCAACCCAAAUGGGGGCCCACAGGCUUAGGCGAUAGGGCAAAAACAUUGGCCAGGGCCUCUGAUAUGUUACAAUGUCGUUUUAUGACCAUUAGAAUUCUGUAAAAUCUCUCCCCAAAGUCCAGGAAAUGGCAUGACCUGGACCCCCUAGAAAACUCGUGCAUAUACGGCGCUCGACUCGUGCCUUUGGCACCUCUACUAGGGGGGCCUUCGAAAAUUUUGAACCGGGGGCCCCCUGAUAUAACGUUACGCCACUGACUCGAUUGCAAUUUUCCGCUUUACCUUUGCAAAUAUGAAAAUCUCCCUUGCAAAUCCCUUGAUGGAAUGUUCCUAAAAGCCAAUUAAAUUUUCCUCAAUUCCUGUUAGAAGUUCUUAAUUUUAACUUCCUGUUACAAAUUCCUAACUUCCUGUUCUAUUGCGUGCAUUGUAAUUGGCAAACAAAAAUAAUCCACCAAUGACAACGCUCAGAACAGAACACGAAGGCAGAAAAUUAAAACAAGAAGUUAGGAAAAUUUGAAAGGAAGUGUCUCUGCAUUGGAAUACCGCAACAGCCGAUAGGAACAUAUCAUUGCAAUUUUCCUUUAAGGAAUUUGCAAGGGAGUUUUUCAAAUUUGCAAAGGUAAUGAGGAAAAUUGCAAUUAAGUUAGGAACUCAAAAGAGGAACGAUUGACGUAGUUUACCUGUAAACUAGUCAAAAUAUCCCAGAAAUUAGCCAUAAUUGUUUUGUAUUUCACAACAAAUUUAAAUGCACGACAGUGUGUUUACAUUUUUUAUUUGCUAACAGUUUGAUUUUCCCUUCGUGACACUUUUUAUAAUUAGUGAUCAUAGUCGCAACCUGAUUGGUGCGAUAGACGUCAUGAGAGUACGAAUAAAAUUGCAUCAUCUUGAACUAUCGUGUAUGGAAACGGAUUGGAUUUAAUAAAAAAUCUAACAAUGAACAUGAAAAUCUGACAAAUGAGCAAACGUUAUCGCGACUAGUUUUAUUGCAUAAAACAAAAUAGUGGAUUAUUGAAAAGGCCGCUUUCCAAACUAUAGACGAUGUCCAUGCUAUUACUUUUAACAACUAAAAACGGACAAGUUAAAAAAUUAUUAACGCAUUCAGGUGUUUGAUUCGCAUAUAUAACUGAUUCUUGCUUAAUAAAUUUCUUUUCUAGUUUACAAACUUUAUUUGACCAAUAAUAGAAUGUUCAUUGAGAUUCAUGUCAUGCGAUUUAAUUUAGCCCGGACUGCUUGGGAAUGUUUCUAAAAUUUGGAAAGUGUCCAUUUCGAGGCUGUGCGAUUUUGUAAUCUCGCAUUUGAUUUUAGACAAAUUGCACUCCAAUUACAGUAGUUCAAUUAGCUACUAUUAUUAAUAGUUAACUCAUUUUACAAUAUUAAAUGCUUUAAUUUGCAUGAUCUUUCCUUCCUAUAGCAAUCAUGAACGUGACGUUGAAUCCAAACGUGUCUUCAACAACUCUUCAAGGGACAGAAACGAUAAACACCUCAGAAAAUACAACUCUAAGAAUUUGUGUUACCGCCAUAUUAACAGUAAUCAUCAUUCUAACAAUUUUAGGCAAUGGACUUGUCUGUUUGGUUUCCUAUCGUCAACCACAGUUUAGAGGUGUUUCUUAUUAUCCAAUUCUCAGCCUGGCACUGGCCGACCUUUUAUGCGGUAUCUGCGCAAUGCCAGCGUACAUUGCCAAGAAGCACACUGCCGGUGGUGAUAAAGAACGUAUUACCUGUGAUGUGUUUCGUUUUACAUACUUCUUUUCCAUGUAUGCCUCCAUAUUGAGUUUAACCGUAGUGAGUCUCGAGAGGUUCUUAGCAAUUAAAUUGCCCGUCUGGCAUAGAACGUCAUUAACUAAACGAAAGAUGAUAACCACGCUUAUGAUCUCCUGGCUCGAAGCCGCAUUAGUUUCCAUGCUUCCGUUCGUUUGGCAGCGCAGAAACACCGACGAGCUAUGCACCUACCGACCUACAAAAGAAUGGAGCAUGAUGGUUAUUUUACUAAACGUGUGCUUCCCAUUUGUUAUUAUGUUUGCCUGCCACUUCUACACAGUUUACUUUGCUAUUCAAUUUUCGCGCGCCAAAUACAGAGCAAAAAGUUCAACUAUAGCAAUUACCGUAAGACGAAAUACAAACGAGCGAAUUUCUGACGAAAAUAGAGAGGCCAUUUUGGCAAAAAGAGAAAGAGAUAUUACAUGCACAAUGGCGAUGGUUUUGGGAGCAUUCGUCCUGUGUUGGGCACCUUCCACUUUCUAUUACUUUCUGCAGAUGGUUUGUCCCCAGUGCUACCGACCGUCAUUUAAAAAGGUUGAACCGUUUUUCAAUGCAGUUGUAAAAUUACUAACAUUCGUGAAUUCCUGUUUGAACCCAUUUAUUUAUUGUUGGUCGAACAAGUAUUUUAGACAAGCAUUUCGUCAAUCACUUUUGAAAAAGUCAAGUGCCAGAAAAAGAAAGUUCAUACAAAUAAAUGGAAUUGACGGAAAGACAGAGAUUUCACCUGUACUUUAAUUAACCGAUCGAAUAAUUAAUGUUGC